ACUGUUGAAAGCAUAAGGACUACAAGUCCCUGAAAGCAUUUCGCCUGGAACAGACAGGCUCACACCUGUUGACCUGUAGCAGGGGCUUAAACGACAAAGGAGAGAUAGUAUUGCUGUUUAGCCAUUGUCACGAAAGGCAAAUUGCAACUGCCUUUCCUAAAGUCUGCAAACGUAUAUCUGUAUUCAUGUAUAAGGCGUAAAGCUGUAUAAUACAAUUAUAAACUUGCUUAUGUGAUUCAGCUAUCUAUCACGUAUCUGGUAACCCGCUGCAAAGAUUCUGUUUGGUACCAUUUUAUUCCCGUGAGAGAAGCAAAGUAAACUAGAGAGCUUUCGUCUAAUCCCGCCCCCUUUUUGUCACGUGACCAACACUCCACCCAGUUCUUGGUUUCCAAGAGUAACCAAAAGCCGGACCCGAAGACAGAGCGGAAGUAAAAUUCUCUGUCGUCCUAGGUGAGAGACAUUGUUACUUGAAUUACUAUGGCAACAGGACGUGGGUUGUUUAACAAACAGUUAAGUGAUCAGCUUAGAAAGCAGAAUUCCGAGGUAACUUUUCCUGCAUUGCCUCGAUUUUCACUAGGUCAAACACAUUCAAAAGCAAAACAACAAAAGAGCAAAGGUGAUUCAAGUGCAUCAACCAUUUCUCCCAAAAGAAUAACCAUUAAAGAGUUAAAUAACACAAAAUCUCAUCACAGAGGAAAAUCGUAUAUUGAAAUUUUAAUCUGGUAUGCAGUGUCCACCUCUUACAAUCCUAUGAGAUCUUCCAGCUGGAAACCUAAGACUGUGGAUACAGUGCAAUUAAAAAUGAGUGCUACUGAAUUAAAAGAUAAGGAUCCCGGGUACUGGAAGAAUAUUUUUAUGAGUGAAAUGAUCACAAACAGAAAAAAAAGAAUAAGGCAGAUUCUCAGUUCUGUAAACACUUAUGCUGGUGUUCCAGCAAAUAUAGAGAAAGCAGUCAAAUUGUCUGGCCUGACCUGGGCAGUUACCUUUAAAGAUACAAGUGGGAAAGAAACUGUAAUGAAACAAAUGGAUAUCUGUUUUAGUCACACAUCUCUGUCUGUUGUUUGGUGUGGUUUGGUAUGGCCUUGUAUUAAAUCACUGACCACAGUGCAAGUUCAUGGAGUUACACCAAUGACAUUUGAUAAAUGCAUAAAUCAUUCCAAAAAAUGGCCCAAUAGAUUCUCCCUUAUUGCUGAUUAUGACUUAAGGAGCUUCAUGGAAUCCUGUGAGUACAUUGGUCAAGACAAAUAUGUAAAGCUUUUGCAUCUUAAGCCAGGUCUUUUGCUUGCCCUGUGGAAGAAGAGUUUUGAAAUUGCUUUUGUGAUUGCAACCCUACAUUAUCACCAACUUCUUGAACUUAGCACACUAGGAUCAGCUAAUAACAUGUACAAAUUUCCUCCACAUGUCCCUGUCCUAGAUGAUAUUGACCCAAACUAUGGUCUUCAUGGCUACCAGUUACACAUUGACAUGCACAGUGGACUAAGGACCUACCUAUGUGGAACAUAUCGUAGUUUGUUUUGCAGAAAAGAGUACAUCAAAGACGGCUUUCUUAGACUUUCUGUCAUCGCAUUAAAGAACAGCAAACAACAUGCCCCUCUUGUUGGAAAUAUAGGGUUUUCCUGGAAGACACAGACAUUUGAAGGUAACAUACAGAACAGCUUUAUUAUGGAUGCACUGGUUUUGGAUGAAACAGAAAAGCCAUUUUGGUGUUUCAGUGCACCAGUUAGCUUACAUACUUCCAGAUCUUCAGAAACACUUUAUGACUUCAUGGGAGAAAGCUUUUAUAUUAAAUAUCAAGACUCUAUAGGAAAACUUUACAUUGAACUAGUGUGGGUAAAAGAAUCAGAGGAAUAUUACAUAGUCAACAUGGUCCUGUUCUUAAGUACAGAAAAAGUAAACAGCUGGUUUGGAACAAAGUACUAAGGAAGGAAAGCCCUAUAUUAUGGUUGCCCGGACUUGAAACUUCAACUAGCUGUCCAGGUGAAGAAAAUACAGAUGGUGAGAGAUGAUCACUAAUAAAGGAUCCAUAAUAAACCAUAUAGGGUUAUUAUUGUUCGUUGCUGGUGUUCCUUUUGAACUUAUUUUUCUUUGGUUAAAAAAUGUUUGUUCUGAGUAAGAACGAUUUGAAAAUAGUGCUUAUUAUUUUGGCUAGAGAGAAAAAUUAUCAUACUAAGUCAGAAUUUGAAGAUGUACUAACACAUACAGACAGGAUUUUCUAAUUGUAUUUUUCUUCGACUUGGUUCUUUCAGUCUGUAAGCCAGAAUAGAGUUUCUUCCCUACUUUGGAGGGUGAUAGUUACAGCAGGGUUGGGGCAUUUUUCAGUGUUGGUGCCUUGGGAGUGCCAUGGGACAGCCUGAUAACACUUCUUCCUGCCUAUUCAUCCUCAUACUCAGAUCUGGCAGUAGCCAAUGAUGAUUUUUGUAAAUAAACAGAUUUUGCUAAGAAAUCAGAAAAUCCUGAUUUUUGUAGGUGUACCAUUACUUUCAAUGCAUCAGUAGGUUUUUUUUUUUUUAGUUCAAUUUAUUUUCAAGCAUUCUAAAGUUAUAAUUAUCUUUUUAGAGAGGUAAUUGUAUUUUUGUUGGAUAAUCAGAUUUUUUGUCUUAAUGAAAAAUGGUUUGGUUUUUUUAACUCUACAUGUCAAGUUUGUUAUUUAACAAUUUUCUUCCAUUUUUUGUUAGGGGAAACAAAGUGGGUAUGACCAUAAAUAAGUAUUUCAGUUAACGCCCCCCUUUCCUAUUGGCUUUCAUUUGUGUCAAAGCUUAAGGCUGAAUGUACACAGUGCCAUGUAAGCUGCAAACUCCCACAAUCCCUCAACUCUUUCACCUCUGUGUCUUAUAACCUUUGUUGGGUGCACAUUUUACCUGAUGGAAAGGAACAAUAAUAUUGUUAUUUUCAAAAUGAUCUCGUCCUUUCACAUAAAUGAUCUUGUUAUAAUAAUGUAACUAAUUGUUUGACUUUGUUUCAUGCCACACGUGUCAUUCUUUCAUUGUAUAACCAAAAUUCUUUGUUUUGUUCACCUAUGAAGAAGUUGUACACAAAAUAAAUAACACUAUAGGAUA